AUGAGAUCUCUACCGCUGAUACGCUCCUACAGCCCACCCAUUCGACCGGCUCCACCCUUUAGCCCAUCCCAGCCGCCGCGUCCUCAUAGCUCUCCCGGUCGACCUGCCAGCAUCAGCCCUAGAGCCAGUCCAGUCAUCCGACACACGCCCCUUCUCCUACAACCACCUGCUAGUCCUAGACCGUCGGUCUCCAGUCAAGAACCAACUUCCUCUAUGCCUAUGCUCUCGCCACCCAUACCCAUGAUGUCACCCACCAUGCAAUCCAGGGGAGUUAUCAUUAGCCAGCAAGCGAGCACUUUUCAGCAGAACCAGCAGGUGUGGCUGAAACACUCCAGGAUAAACGGUGUCAAGCCGGAGCUGAUUGGGGGAACGUUCCCAGCAGCACCCAGCAGCGAUAUCAGGCCCCCUGGGAGCCCAAUGUCUAAGCCCAUUAUAUCAAUGCCUUCAAAGCAAACUCCUAGCGUUAUUAUGGGAGAGGCUGGAGGAGUGAGAACUAUGAUUUGGUCGCAGCCUUCUCUUCCCUCUUCUCCUACAGGGGAGUCGCAGUUGCUCGCCACUACUUCUAGCUGGCCUCAAGUAAACAACCCCGAGGAAAGUGCGGCACAGCUGCUCCUCAAUCUCGGUCAGGACCGAUUGAGGCCACUCAGCAGGAGUCUCAUACCUCCUUGUUCUCCAACAUCCCAGUUCGGUGCAUCCCCCUUGAACAUGGAACGGCUUUGGGCUGGAGAUCUGCUACAACUGCCCAUCAACCAGCAAACGCAAGCCCUCAACCUGACUUCCUCCUCCCCUGGACCCAGUCCCAUCGUGUACAGCCCGGGCGAAAGCAAGGCCUGCCUCGUCGAGCCUUGCGCGGAGCAACAUGUCGACAAUGAAGAAGAAGACCAACCAAUGAUCUGCAUGAUAUGCGAGGAUAAGGCGACCGGUUUGCAUUAUGGGAUCAUCACUUGUGAGGGUUGUAAGGGAUUCUUUAAAAGGACUGUACAGAAUAGGCGGGUAUAUACUUGUGUGGCGGACGGGAACUGUGAGAUUACCAAAACGCAGAGGAAUAGAUGCCAAUAUUGCCGGUUUAAGAAGUGUAUUGAGCAAGGAAUGGUUUUGCAAGCUGUUCGGGAAGACCGCAUGCCAGGCGGCCGCAAUAGUGGCGCCGUCUACAACCUCUACAAAGUGAAAUACAAAAAACAUAAAAAGCCAUCGGCGAAGCAACAGUCAAAACCUCUGGAAAAAACCCUCGUCGGACUUCAAUUCAAACAGGAGCAACCUUCGAAUGUGUCCUCCAACCUAGUCAACGGGACCAUCUUGAAAACGGCUCUGACCAACCCCAGUGAGGUUAUCCGUCUCAGACAACGUCUCGACAGCGCUGUGAGCAGUUCUAGGGACAGGGCAUUCACCGUGGAGUACGCGGUGUCGAUGAUCAAAAUCCUUGUGGAGUGCGACGAGUUCCAGAGUAUCGCCACCUUGCAUAAUCUGGACGAGCUUCUGGAUCACAGGACGGACUUGGGUGAAAAGUUGUGUAACAUCGGUGACUCGAUCGUGUACAAGCUGGUGCAAUGGACCAAAAGACUGCCAUUUUAUUUGGAAUUGCCGGUGGAUGUGCAUACGAGACUGUUGACGCACAAGUGGCAUGAUCUGUUGGUGUUAACUACUUGUGCUUUUCAGGCGAUUAAUAAACCAAACGCUGCCGGAGGUCAGGGGACUCCUGUGGGGGAGGCCGAGUUUAACCAAGAGGUGGAUUCAAACUUGUUGACGUUGAAAAACUGUUUAGCAUCGAUGAUGGGAAGGGAGGUUACGAUGGACCAACUUAGAGAGGACGUCGGAUUGAUGAUAGAAAGAAUAACACACGUUGCGAUAAUGUUCAGACAGAUCAAAUUGACGAUGGAAGAAUAUGUGUGCCUUAAAGCCAUCAUCAUGCUGAAUCAAGCCAGACCUUCCAGUAGUUCGGGACCCAGUGAAAUGGAAAUAAUUCAUGAGAGAUAUAUGACUUGCCUCCGUAUAUAUACACAACAUAUGUAUCCCCAUCAGCCCACAAGAUUCCAAGACUUAAUAGUUAAAUUACCAGAGAUUCAAUCUGCAGCGACUCUUCUUCUUGAGAGUAAAAUGUUCUAUGUUCCUUUUCUUCUGAACUCCGCUCUUCAGAGGUAGUACCACAUCGAAAGCGGCAGUGAAGAAACGUAAGGUGUCAUUCUUCAGAAGAGAGAUGUGCGUAGAAGAUUUUAGCGAAUGUAAAUAAAUGAAUGUAUACAUAAAAUAGAGAGUGGUUACAUUUAUGGAAAUAAACUAUCUGUUACCAAUUAA